AAAGAAAGUCAUCCACAAAAGUAUUAUUUAAAAAUAAUCUCUCAUUUUCUAUAUUACUUUGGUUUAGGAGAGUUUUGGUAUGAAAAAUUAACAUACAAUAAUAUACAAAAAUUAAUAUAUAAAUUGUGGGUAAUAACAUCAAAUUCUUAUAUAUUUUUAAUGAUUUUAAACGAAUUCUUAGCAUAUCGAAAAGAUUUAAACAGUAAAGAAAAAGGCGAUUUAAUUUUAUUUAGUUUCGCACAUCCAUCGAUAGCUGCUAAAAUAUUGGUCUUUUAUAUAAAACGAAAGGAUAUAGUGGAUACGCUGCAGAUAUUAUUAGAAAAUAAUAGACAUUUUUAUAAUCCAUCACUUGGAAAAUGUUCA